UAGACGUUUUUUUCUUCCUGGUAUGACUUACAUAACACACAGACUGCAUGCCGUGUACGACAAAGACAUAACAGAAAUAUGUUUUAAUCAGUAAAUUGUCUUGUCGAUCGCAUUUAAGAGAAUACAUGACGUGUGGAAUAAAGGUGUUGAUACACUGAGAUUAAUUUUACAAUUUAAUCAGAAUCAGAAUCUCUUUAUUGGCCAAAUGUACAAUGUACACAGGAAUUUUACUAUUAUAAUAAUGACUGAAUAAAUACAGGCAAGAGAUGGCUGUUGCUGUGGAUGUUGCAUGCAGGAAUGGGGGGUGUGCUACUGUUUUAAGUGGCUUUGGGAAUGAUGCGGAGUCAGGGUCUGGGAGGGUUUGUUCAGAAGAGAAAUGGCCUGGGGGAAAAAACUGUUCAGGUGUCGGGUGGUUCUACUCCUGAUGGACCUGAACCUGCAACCUGACAGGAGUGUUCUGAACUGGAAAUGAGCAGGGUGUGAUGGGUCCUCCACUACCCUUCCAGCCCUCUGCCUGGAUCUGACGUCGUGCAGAACACACACAGGCUCCUGUUGAAGGCCCAUGAGGCGACUGGCUGUUUUCAUGAUGCGUUCCAGUCUGUUCUUGGUGUGAGCAGAGGAUGCGGGGUACCAUGCAGUGAUGGAGGAGGUGAGGACACAUUUGAUGGUGGUUCAGUAGAACUGGGUGCUGCCUUGGGGGAGACAUUCAUCUUGCAGGGCAGCCUGAGGAAAAACAUCCUCUGGUGUGCCCGCUUGAUGACCUAGAUGAGGGUUUCUCCCAUUUCAGGGAGCUGGUGAUGGUGGUGCCCAGAAACUUCACAGAGUCCACCACCUGUACUGCAGUGUUGUUGAUGAAUGAUGAUAAUGGCAUGAUGUCAAGUAGCAUUCAAAAUUCCCCUUAUUUGGGGUAAAGUUUGGUAACCUGCUGCAAUAUGAAGGUGAAGAGACCUAAAAAAAAAAAAAAAAAAAAAAAUCCAUUAUUGAAGGUGUUGAAUGUAUCUAUUUCUCAGUUCAGCAUUGUUAUCAGCAUAGUCUCUUUCUCAUUUUUGAGUGUUAUGUAAUAAAAUGUCAUUAGUCUUACCCUGUAGUUGUUGCCCAAAAAUAUGAAUCAAUCUACAGACCGGCUAUAUAGGACCUUUAAAAAGUCAGUGUCCUGGCAGGAUACAAGACAGCCGAGGAGGCACUUCUUAAUUUUGGUAAAGAGUUUGGAGGAGAAUCAAGUACACAUUUUUGGAUGAUCAAUGCAUGGAAAUGUUAAGUAAUGAAAAAGUAGAUAACUUGGCUAGUGAUGGUUGAUGUUAAAUCCCUUUACACUGUUGACGUUUGAUGAUUAAGGGGCUCCGACAGUGAACCACAGAAAGAAUGUCAGCAAUAAGUACAAACAUGUCCUUUUAUAAGGGUCUGACAUCUAAUAGAUGACCAUCGGGUUCUAUCACAAAUAUCAGACCAGCAACUUUUGGAUGUGCACCCAUAGACUCUAUAUAAAUGUAUGCAGCAAUUACAGCUUCUAAAGCUGCUUUAAUGUUGUGUAUUUAUCCUUUGAACCGCCUGCUCCUGAAAGUAGACUGUUUGUGUGGGAGACAAUGACAUUGAAGAUGUGUUAGGAUGUUAGAUGUGCUAGCGUUAGCAUUUGUAGUGGCCACAUUCUGCUCGUUUCUGUGGCAACGCGUGCCCAAGCUGCGUCAUUCCAGCUAAUGACCGCCUGCUAAUGCUUAUAUUUAUCUAGUAUUGUACUACUUUAACAUUUACUCGUCGUUGGCUGAGACAUUUUUGUGGAGUUAGUUAGGAUAUUAAAUCAGACAAAAUUACAGAACGUCUGUCUUAGUGGCUGUUCAGUAUUUAAAAUUAUGCUAAUUAUGCUAGGUUAGCUUGAGUUAGCUCGUUUUUAAAUUAGCAUUUGUUAACGUUUGAGCACAAGUCUAAAUCGACUAGACUUAAGAGUCGAUAAUAUUGUAAAAUUGAGCUGUCCAGAUACUAGCAAAAUGUGUCAUGACAUUUAAAGAGGGAUAUGGAUAAAACAGCGGUUUGCAGACGUAAUACCACAAAGACAGACCUCAGUUUGCUGCUUGAAUGUCUGAAAUUUCAGAUGAAAUGUCCUGACUUACAGAAACAAGCUCUCCUCACCAUUCACUCGAUUUGUGAAAAGAGAGAAGAUAAUGUUGACUUGCUGAGAGAAUUGGGAGGUGUGGCAUUUGUUUAUAACCUCUCCAAGUCCAGUAUUGUUCACUCAGAUGUCAAGGAGAUUGCGUUGUUUACACUUGGCACGCUGGCGGAGGCCAAUGUGUAUUGCAAGAAUUCUCUGUGCAGAAAGGAGACAUUUUCAGAUCUUGCCGUUUUGUUGAUGAAAGAAGACACCCCCCUGACACAGAAGAGAGUGUCUGUCUAUCUGCUAUUUGUGUUGGUAGCCAGCAACAGGUUAGGACAGACUUUUGCACAAAACACAGGCUGCCUGGAUAUUCUACUAAACCUCUUUAGGACCACAUUCCCCUUCUCAGCAGGGGCGACUUUGAGAGCAUCUAAUGCUUCACAAACUUACCAACUGUGGGCAUCUGUAUCUAGUGCUCUCUGUGGAUGUGUCAAUAACCCUCAGAAUGAGGAGGCUCAGCGUAUUUGUGUGGCUGCCUUUCCCAUAGUAAAUAUGUGGCUGCAGCAGAUUACUCUGCCCUGCACUGAAAUAUUUCAGCCUAUAUGCUCCUUCAUUGCAAUGACAGUUGCCAACAACUCCUGUGUUCAGGAGAGUUUUUUUGCCUCUGGGGGUUUGGAAACUCUCACUCUUGAACUGGUUCGUCUAGCUUCUGCUGCUGAUACAAGCUUAUUGUCUUGCCAACUGUCUGUCAUAAUAUCCAAGACCCUUUCAGCUUGCAUCACUGAUAACUCCGUUUUGGCUUCAGGUCUGGCUCAAUAUGGCGUAGUGUCCUAUCUUUUCUCUCUGCUGGCCAGCCCGCUCCUGGACCCCGAGGACAGACUCUCUGUUUUAUUAACUGUGGGCCACUUCACAGAGGCCUCUGAGGAGCACCAGUCCCAGGUGGUGCAGUGCGGAGGCCUGCCCAUCAUCAUAACUUUACUCACGGAGGACGGAAGCGAGGAAGUUAGGAAGACUGCUACAUUCAUAUUGCAGACUUGUAAACAAGCCACCAUGACGGGAGUUAGUGGUCUGAAAACAAAACAGGCUGAAGAUGCAGAACCCUUUGUAAAUAUGGAAGGCUUCAGGAGUUCUGCUAGAGAAUUGCUGCGCAGGAUUGAUCUGCUGGAGAAGACACAGGAGUUUGAAGAUGACCAGGGAGACACAAACCGACCAACUCACACUGAGGGCCAAGGCCGUCUGUUCAUACCCCCAGCUUUACCUCCGACACUGCAGAGGAAGGAGGGCAUUACAACCAUCCCAGUGGUUAAGCUUGCACCUGCAGGUCGUAAUGGAAACAAUGAACUUCAAACUACCAGAAAUACAAAUAAUAAUGAAAUGAUGAAUGAAAUGAAGAAGAUCACCUCCAAUAUACAACCUCUGGAAGACAAUACUAAAACCAUCGACGGGGCAGUGUGGUGUUCAGUGUGCAAGGGUACAGGAGCCAUAAUGUCUUCUCAAGUAUGGCCACAAGAGAGAGACAGUGAGCCACACGCUGCAGACAGUCACUUGUUAAAGCCCUCAUUACAAAUGAGGCACGCAAAACCCAAAGAGAUUAAAUGUUCUGAGGAGUUACAGGACACAGAGAUGAGUCAGAUGGUGGAAAUUCCAGUUGAGGAACGCUCUGUCUCUAAUAUCCGGUGUGCAGGCUGCGUGUUACCUUUCGAGGAAGUGAACAGUCGCACCUUUGCGUCUCUCCAAAGCUCUUGUCACCACAGCUGCGACAUGCACAAGGUUCUCCAAGAGGCCACAGAGCGGUUCAGGAUACAGCAGUACAACAACACAUGUAGGAAAGGGAACACGGUGGAGUACACAAACCUAAACGCUGGGAGAGUCCCAGCAGCAAGGCCUCAAAGAAGCUGCGAUAACUGGAGCACCGUCUCUUUGACACCACUGCGCAAAAGAGCUGGAAAGGAGAAAUUCGCCUCCUGUAACGUGGCAGGUCCAGUCCUGGCUCCCCUAAAAAGGCAGCAUCCUCCUGAAGAUAGGGCUGCAGUAUCCGAUACGGAGAGAAGAGGAGGAAGAAACAGUGGACAAGCAGUUGACGAGCAGACGGAGAUUGGCACAGACACUAGAAGGAAGAGGAAGGACUUCAGUCGUGAGGAGGUGGUUUACCUACUGUCUGGAGUUAAGACAUAUGGCCUUUCCUGGAACACCAUCCUGUGGUCAUAUCCCUUUCAACCUGGACGCACCAACGUCGACCUGGCCAAGAAAUACAGGCGGCUAAUGAAAUGUAAAGCCCAGGACGGUGGCUGUGCAUAACUUGAGUCCUGAGAUCCUGGGCCAGCCCACAGUAAUAAUAUUGACCUUCUGUCAAUCAGUUUAUCUGAAAGGCUUUUAUUCUGUUCGGUUCCCAACAGUUAAUUGAUUGUAAUUUACAGCAGUAUUUACUAUAUUUAUAAUAUAUUCUACUCUUAAUAUAUAAUAUUUAUUUUUUAAUAUUUUGCAUAUGUUUGCACAGAGUUGUUGUUUUUCUGUUUUUGCAGAUAUUUAUAUGUUUUUGUUGAUUCCUAUUUACAGACUUCACAGACAUUUUAAAUUUAAAAUCUAGCUUAAGCCGCCAUUUGUCACUUCAUAUUUAUUUGUUCAUGCUUCAUGAUUAAAACAUAAAAUGUCAUUUGAAAAAAUAAAAUGGACGCCAUUGGGAGUUUUUAUAAAGGAUGACUUGCGCCUGCCAGACUAAAUAAGCUUUACUCUAGUUGUGGUUUUGUUGUAGAUGCUUCUAUUGAACACAUACGCAAUUUAUCUGUCACAGUGUCAGUUGUUGCCAUAAAAGGACACAGCCCUAAAUUACUCGUAACUCCGGAAGGAUUUCCUGCGUGCCAGUUUUGAUAACAUUACAGUCAAAAUAUUAGGAAAUCUGGUAACUGUAUCCUCAUGUUUAACUCGUGUUGUGAUGAAUGACAUAUGACAAGAAGAAUAUUGCAUUACGUUGUGACUUUUACUUCUGCUUAGACCAUUAAAAAAAUAUUUGUGGUACUUCCUUGCUGUAUCAUACAAUGUCACGGAGGCAAAUGGCAAGUUCUGUUUUCUUUGUUUUUAUGCUUUGGUCAUCAGAGUCCACAGAGAGACAGGAAAUCAACAAGGAGAUUGGGGACUGGAGUCCAGCACUUUUGUUUAUUGAGCUGAAAUCCUCUGGUAUGACAGGAAUCACAAAUAGUGCACAUCACACUGCUUAUCUAUUCACAGUGUGCAUCAAGUACUGUACUGUAUCCUUUGCUGAGGCUGAACUUGACUGAGAUCACUGUCUAAAGAGUGCCUCUCCCACUCUGUGGGGACUUAUGAUUGUAUUGACAAAACCAUGGGACUUACCCGUUUUCCUCACCCUGAGGCAUAGGCUGUUAAAUUUAGGUGUGUCUGGACAAGACAAAAUGUUGAUUGGAAGUUGAUAUGAUUAUGAACUGGACAAGAGAUUAAUUAUUGUGAAAUGGAUGCAGUUUUGCGCACAUUCAUGGCAUAGUGAUAGCAUCUUCCCUUUGACAAUUUGUGUUCCUGUCAAACUGGAAAUACUAAUAGCUACUUAUUAUUAUUUUGAAGUUUCAGCCUAAGGUCCACAGAAGUGACCCCCGUAGCAUUUUCAUGUCUAGUCGGUCAAGACGCUGAGAUAACGGUGCAGCGAGGGCAGGAGCAGCCUAGUGGGAGAAGCAUGUGAAGAGCAGAUUUCUCAUGGACUGAAAUGCAGUCACACAAGACUUUUGACCCAGGCCCCCCGAAAACCUCCUUCCUCUGGAAAGAAUGCGGCCUAGUCUCUGCCCCUUCUCCCUCCCUCCCUUCGUGUCCUCUCUCCCACGAGACUAGGAGAAGGCACCGUCUCUCCUAAACGGUCUGUGCUGCAUUAGCUAAAAAUUUUAUGACAUGUGUGUACACUGUCUCAAGCACGUAGAGUGGUUGUCUGUUGUUAAACAUGCUCUGUGAUGAUGAAACCUCCAGUAU